GGUCUGACUGCCAGUGAUAAGAAAUGUUUCGAGGACAUGGCGAAGGCCGACAAGGUGCGCUACAACAGCGAGAUGAGAGACUACGUCCCCCCCAAGGGCUUCGGGAAGAGGGGCCGCAAGAGGAAAGACCCCAACGCCCCCAAGAGACCCCCGUCAGCGUUCUUCGUGUUCUGCAGCGAGUACCGCCCCUCCGUGAAGCAGCAGUACCCCGGCCUGUCUAUAGGAGACUGUGCUAAGAAGCUGGGAGAGAUGUGGAGCAAACUGUCCCAGAGCGAGAAACUACCGUACGAAGAGAAGGCCCAGAAACUACGCGAGAAAUACGACCGGGACAUGGUGGCGUAUCGUGGCGGCGGCACCGCAUACCCCAGAAACCCCGGCUCCUCCGCUCAGGGAGGAGGGGAGGAAGACGACGAUGAGGGGGAGGACGAUGACGACGACGAGGACGACGACGAGUAGAGAGCGAGAGAGGAUGAGAGAGUGUUAAAGGUGUGUGUGUGUGUGUGUGUGUGUGUUUCAGAGCAGGUAGAGUGAAGGUGUCUGUGGAGGCUGAUUGGACCGCAAGAGGCGGGGCUUAAUUAAGAUUAGAAACAGACGAUAAACAAAGUCAUGUGCAGCGCAGUGUCAGUCACACCUGACUGUACCAACAAGUGUGACUUCACACAGGUGUGACAUCACACAGGUGUGUUUUUAAACAGGUGCUGAAAACACACAGGGGUGACAUCACACAGGUGUGUUUUUAUAAAGGUGUGACAUCACACCUGUGUUGUUGUUUUUUUAAACAGGUGUGACAUCACACAGGUGUGUUUUUUAAACAGGUGCUGAGAACACAGGUGUGUUUUUAAACAGUUGUGACAUCACACAGGUGUGACAUCACACAGGUGUUUUUUUUUUGUUUUUUUUUACCAGAUGUUAGGUUGAGAACGGUUGAACCAGGUGAGGCUGAAGGUGAUUGGACCGAUCAGAUUGAUUAUUGUUGAACAUGUGAUGAUCAAUAAUCUGAGAGACAGGUAGAGAGAGAGAGACGGGUUCCUCUGAAGCACACACGCCUCCACAGUGUGUGUUUGUAUGUGUGUGUGUGUGUGUGCGAGGUCAUCAGAUGAUAAACUGUCUGACACCAGAGGACAGCCCCCCCCGCCCCUCACUGUUACCAUGGUUACCCCUGCACCCCCCCCUCUAAGCCCUGUGUGUUACCAUGGAAACGUGGCCCCACCCCCCCUUCAUGUGGUUGUUUUUUGUUUUUUACUGAAGUUUGAUGAGUUUGUUGUUGUUCACUGUCAAGAGAAGAAACUUCAACUUUUAUAAUAAAACCGACACCUGAGGAAAACACA